ACUUUCUUUUGCCUUUCUGCUGCUACGCGGGUGGUGGAAAUCAUGGCUCAGCGAGAAGUGGGGCUCCUUCUCAGCCGCCUGCCCCGACUCCUGGCCGGGAACAGACCCAGCGCGGCGAGGCUCCCCUUUAGGAGAGAGGUAUAUAGUCAGCAGGAGCCGAGAAACUCUUUCUGCUGGCAAUCAAAAAUGCCUCCCUGUGACUUUUUACCUGAAAAAUAUGAGUCCUAUCCCUAUGAGCAUAUGCUGAAGAUUCGCAAACAGAACAUUGCCCCAGCACUCUUCACUUAUUACAAGAAACCACUGCUGAUCUGUCAGGGUCACAUGCAGUGGCUGUUUGACUUUGAAGGACGGAGGUACCUUGAUCUCUUUGCUGGAAUUGCCACUGUCGGCCUGGGUCACUGCCACCCGAAAGUAACAGCGGCUGCCCAGAAACAGCUCGGCCGCUUGUGGCACACAAGCAAUAUCUAUCUGCACCCAACAAUCCAUGAAUAUGCAGAGAAAUUGACAUUGCUGUUCCCAGAUCCCUUAAAGGUAGUUUUCCUAACCAAUAGUGGUUCAGAAGCCAAUGACCUGGCAAUGUUGAUGGCAAGAGUUUUUACACGCAACUUUGACUUCAUUUCUUUGAGAGGCAGUUACCACGGGUCCGGCCCUUCCAUAAUGGGCUUGACCUCCAUUGCAAGUUACAAGCAUGGCAUUGCUAAUGGAUUUGGCUGUCAAACGACCAUGUUGCCUGAUGUUUUUUCUGGCCCCUGGGGAGGGAGCCAUUGUCGAGAUUCCCCAGUGCAAACUAUCCGAAAAUGCACCUGUUCUCCAGGCGCUUGCCAGGCAAAGGACCAGUACAUUGAGCAGCUCAAAGAUACUUUCAGAACUUGCGUUCCAAAGGCAAUUGCUGGAUUUAUUGCUGAGCCAAUUCAAGGUGUCAAUGGCGCAGUGCAGUAUCCCAAGGGAUUCCUGAAGGAGGCUUAUCAGCUGGUGCGUGAAAAAGGAGGCGUGUGCAUUGCAGAUGAAGUCCAGACAGGGUUUGGCCGAACAGGCAGCCAUUUCUGGGGAUUUCAAGGACAUGACGUGGUUCCUGACAUCGUUACCACAGCAAAGGGAAUUGGCAAUGGCUUUCCCAUGGCAGCUGUUGUCGCGAAAGCAGAGAUCGCCGGGGCCUUGGCUCAAGCCAUCCACUUCAACACAUUUGGAGGGAACGCUGUGGCCUGUGCGGUUGGGUCUGCAGUUCUGGAUACAAUAGCAGAAGACGGCUUGCAGAAAAACAGCGAGGACGUGGGGACCCACAUGCUCUUAGAACUUGCCAAGUUGCGGGAUAAGUUUGAAAUCGUCGGAGACGUCCGUGGCAAAGGGCUUAUCAUUGGCGUAGAGAUGGUCAAGAAUAAGGAAACUCGUCAGCCACUUCCAGUCGAAGAGAUGAAUGAGAUCAUGGAAGACUGCAAAGACAUGGGAGUGCUAAUUGGAAAGGGAGGAAUACAUUUCCAGACAUUUAGAAUUAAACCUCCACUGUGCAUCACGAAGCAAGAUGCAGACUUUGCCGUGGGAGUCUUUUCUGCAGCUUUAACAAGACAUAUGGAAAGAAAAGCAAGUGCAAAAUAGUGUUCCCAGUGCGCUGUGCUGGAGCGGUACCUGAGCUUCUUGCCAAAGGACGUCUAUUCCUGUGAUUAAAACGCUGCAGCUGGCAAAUUAGAACUGUUCGACAGGCUUGCCGGGCGAGACACUACUGGGCAUGCCGUUGCCACGCAGGGUCCUGCCUUUCUCUAAACAGCUGGAAGCAUCUAAUUGGCCCGUGUCCAUUUUUGCUCUGGCAAGAGCUAUAUGUAAAAAGCAGUACUUCUUGGCAUAUAUUUCCCUUGCUGGAUGUGGAAUUGUCUAGGAAAACACAGGAGGCCUCUGUGGUGUCCUAGCCUGCAGCAGCUGAGGAGAGUUCACGCGACAAUUUCUAAAAGGAAAACGGGCUGUUUUGCUUGGGGAUGUGAAAGAGCUGCCUGUUUCCCCACCAAAUAGGAUUUUAACUUUUUCUCAAAAAAGUGUGUGUGUCGGGGUGAAGCUAUGAAAAGCCUUGGCUACAACAUAGAUUCUGUGCCAGAGGGAAAGAGCCAAUGGUAGAAGUGCAUCUAUUAUAGCUGUAGAGUAUUUCUGAGGUUCAGGCAUUAGUUACUUGAUCAUACUUAUGGAGGCAAAACCGUACCACCAAUGCACAAGGUGGCAGUAUCAGCAUACUUGGGUGAAGGCCAACCUUUACUCUCUGGCCCUGGUUGCUGGGUACUGAUUCCUGCAAUGAGCAGGGGGUUGGACUCAAUGGCCUUGUAGGCCACUUCCAACUCUACUAUCCUAUGAAGCCCUUAGUGGUGCCUCAACACCUUUGGAAUUCAAUCCCCGGGGACACGUAUGGUUUCAUCACAGCUGGCUUUUUUUAAAAAAACCAGAGACUCCUUUGGCCCAGUCUGCAUUUGAUGCUUAAAAAUCAUUCGCUGCUGCUGCUGCUGCUGCUGCGUGCAUUUACAUAUAUUCAAUUGCAAUAUCUAUGUCCAUGUUUUUCUAAUAUUGUAAGCUGCCUUGGGAGGUAACAGCGCGCCCUCAAUGGCGGGUUUAAAAUCUUUUGAAAUAAACGAAGCAGGAGAUAGCAUUCAGCAAGCUCCCAAAAUAAAACAGUGGUGUACAGCAAAAUAA